AUGAUCAGUAAUAACAACAAUGAUAAUAAUAACAGCACCAACAAUACGAAUACUAGCAUAGACAAUGGAGGUGAUUCUAUUCACCACGAUGAUAACAAGUUAGAGUAUGAACCUUUGCUUAUAAACAGACAUCCUCAUCCCCACAGUAAACAAGGUAAUGUUUCAUAUGAUAUGGAUGACUUUAAGAAUCAAAUUGGAUAUAAACAACAACAAGAAGAUGGAAUAUAUCAAAACUCGAACCUUUCAACUCCAGUGUCGAUAAAAUCGACCACAUCAUUGGCACCUGGACAAUUAAAGAAGAAUGCAUUGGGUCUGGUGCACUGUCUGGGGUGUUCCAUUUCUGGCGUUGGACCAACUUGCGGCAUUUUUUUGGUCUGUCCACAGAUAGCAAAGGUUGCAGGGCCGCAGGUACCGUUUACUCUUAUCCUGGCUGCAAUUUGUUGUUUAUCAAUGGCAUCAACCAUCAGCACAUUUGGAAAAUAUAUAUAUAGUUCUGCCUCUUUCUAUCAGUACGUCUCUGAAGGUUUGGGAGGUUUGGUUGGAUUUAUUACAGGAUGGAUCAUGUUGGUAGCGUAUGGAAUACUUAGUGUUCAAACAAUUAUCCAAUUUUCAUCAUGGACAAGUGAUGUGAUACGGACCAAUACUGGGUUUGAUUUACCGUGGAUUGUAUGUGGUAUUGUAGCCAUUGGCAUCAUUUCAUCAUUGGCGUUUAUUGGUAUCAAUCCAGUUCUCAAAAUCAGUUUGAUUCUUGUCCUUUGCGAAACUAUCAUUACUUUUGUCCUCACCGUAGUGAUUGUGGCCAAAGGGGGAGCAGAAGGAAACUACCCAUUGGCAUUUACACCCGUUGGAGGAAGUGUUUCUGGAAUGGCACGUGGUCUGGUUUUCUCAAUCCUAGUAUUUGUUGGAUUUGAAACUGCCGCAAUUCUUGGUGCAGAGACUCGAAACCCAACGAAAAUUAUUCCUCAAGCCGUCGUUGGUAGUGUUUUAAUCACUGCUAUUUGGUUGGUAUGGGGGAUGUAUGCAAUUAUUGUUGCAUGUGGUCCUUCACAAGCAUAUAAUUUAUACAGUGUUAGUGCUCCGAUCGAUUUGUUUGCACGAGAAUAUGUUGGUAGAUGGUUUGCUGUUUUUAUCGAUUUGGCUGGUAUUAGUACUACGUUUAAUGUAUCAACAGUGGCUUUUAAUAAUAUGUAUAGAAUUUUAUACUCGGUUGGAAAGGCAAAACUUAGUACGACAUCAAACAAGCUUGGCAUCACAAGCAAACGAUUCAAAACACCAGUGGUGGCGAUCGUUUGUUUUUCCGUCUUUCAAAUCAUAUCCAUUGGCAUUGUUGCAGCUAUUUUUGGUAACCAUACCGAAGGCUCUUGGCUCGCCUAUUCCUACCUCUCCUAUGUUGGAACCAUCCCACUUAUCAUUGUAUUUAUCAUUACCAACAUUGCAGUCAUUCCAUACAUGACAAACAACCACCGCGACCAAUUUAGUUACUUCUACAACAUGGCACUCCCCAUUUUUUCUGCUGUACUCUUUUCUCUUGUAUUAUUUGGUAACUUUUAUCCCGACGUUCCAACACCUCCCAACUCUUAUUUACUCAUUGCCUUGAUGGCCAUACUAUUAUUUGGAAUUGCCCUCGGAUUUUAUCUCAAGAGAAUUCCAGGUUUCUUUAAAACAAUGCUUCAUCAUAUCAGCGAUGAUGGUAAUACUUCAAUGAAUCACCAUCCAGAAGAAGUAGUAGAAGAAGAGCAAGAAAAGUUUAAACAUAUCGAUGAAAAAGAUGAAAUUAUAAGAGCUGAUCUUCCAAUAAAUUAA